AUGAACUUUGGCGCUCUGACGUACCCAUUCUUCCAACCCAUCGGCGGCAACCUACCCACCCAAACCGCCUUUGCCGUCCUCAUGUCCGACAAUAUCGUCGCCGAGAUCAACCUCGUCGCGGGCCAGACCCAAUUCUCGCUCAACGUCAUCGUCAAUGGUACACUUGGCGGCAACGGGACGACUCUUUUACACUACGCCACCGUCAAGAUGGUGGUGGUGAUGGGUCAAGCAUAG